CCUCUGCUUAGUUUGAGGAAGGAGUCCUUCUGGCCAGGGAGCACCUGGUCCUUGUGGGACUUACCUGCUUCUUUCUGAGUUCCCUUCCCCAUGAAAGCCACAAAGAAAACUGAUAAACCCCGGCCAGAGGAGAAGGAUGACCUAGAUGUAACAGAGCUCAGCAAUGAAGUCCUUCAAGAGCAACUUGUGAAAUAUGGAGUAAACCCUGGUCCUAUUGUGGCAACUACAAGAAAGGUCUAUGAAAAGAAAUUGCUGAAACUGAUGGAACAAGGCCCCGAGUUGAAGUCUCCAGCACCUCUCCCAACACCAACAAUUUCUUCAUCUGCUGAGAAUACCAGACAGAAUGGAAAUAAUGAUUCUGACCAAUACAGUGACAAUGAAGAAGAUCCCAAAGUGGAGCUCAAGCUUGAGAAGAGAGAGCCACUGAAGUCCAAGACAAAGGCUCCAAUAACCCUGAAGCAAAGAAGACUUGUUGAACACAACCAGACCUAUUCUCAAGAUGAAGUUACUGAGACUGUCUGGACAAGUGGAUCUUCAAAGAGUGGACCUCUGCAGGCAAUUUCUAGGGAAUCUACAAGAGUAUCAAGAAGAACACCAAGGAAAAGGGUGGAAACUACAGCACAAUUGCCUAUAGAUGAUGCAGUAAUGUCAGAGAGUACUCCCAUAGCUGAAACUAUAUUGACUUCAAGCAACGAGACCCUAGUUGUCAAUAGGGUGCCUGGAAAUUUCAAGCAUGCAACUCCCAUACAGUCAAUCAGUGAAUUCUCAGAUUUGUCCAGAAGAACAUCAAAGAAACCAUUGAUGACAACUGAACAUUUUCACUUACCACAACAAGAAGAAACAUGUCGUCCUCAUCAGUGCUUUUAUGUAGGUCACACGCAGUCCAGUGAUCUGCUGAACACUGCCAUGAUAGAGGAGGAAAAUGAGGACAACACUGAAUGUACUGGAACACCAAAAAAGACCAGACAUUUGCCAGUAACAAAGGUGGUGGAGAAAACUCAUACAGAAGAGCGAAGAGUAGAACGGGAUAUUCUUAAGGAAAUGUUCCCAUAUGAAGCAUCAACACCUACAGGAAUUAGUGCUAGUUGUCGCAGACCAAUCAAAGGAGCUGCUAGCCGGCCUAUCGAGUUCAGUGACUUCAGAGUGGAGGAAAGCUUUUCAUCUAAAUAUGUUCCAAAAUAUGGUCUCUCAACAGACAUGAAGGCCAAGAAAGCAACAACUAAAAAAGAACGUUCCAUUCCCAUGUGGAUAAAAAUUCUUCUGUUUGUUGUUGUUUCAGUCUUCCUGUUUUUGGUCUAUCAAACUAUGGAAACCAACCAAGGAAAUCCUUUUUCUAAGUAUCUUAAGAGUGCCUCUGAGGCAGAUAGUGGUAGUGUGGCACAGCCAGAUUGAUCUCCUCUUUUAAUUGUAGUGAACUCUGCCCUCUCCAUCGGCUCAAGGACUGCUUAAAUAAUAUGAUUGCAACUCGAUAAAUUGAAUAAUGAAGUGAAAAAUAAGACAAUAUAAAUGGACAUCAGUAAUUUGUUCUGGACUUUGGACUAGUAGGAGAUUACUUUUGUGCCAUAUAAGUAACAUUUUUUAGAUCUCGAACUUUUUGUAGGCUUUAUUUUUUUAAUGUGGACAUCAUUAAAUUCAUUUUUGAGAAACUGUAUAUUUGUUUUUGCAAACUUGGAAGCUGAGAAGGGCAAAAAUGUAGUAAAAUGUGAAGCUGUGUUAAUCUCAAUUUGUAGAGAAAAGAGGUUGUACUUUUUCUGCUAUGCAAUUUGGACAAGGAAUGAGACAAAACAAGUAAUAAAGAGAAAUGCAUUUUUGGAUGCAUUUUUCUAUAAUAUAGCUGACUAUCAUGCUUUGUAGAAAAAGUACAGUAAUCUUUUUUCUGUAGAGUGCUGUAACAUUUUAGUAUAUGUAACUAAACCUGUUGUAUAUGUUUCUGUAAGUCUUAGUAUCAUUGUCUUAGUAACUUCCUUUAAGCAUAACAUCAACUUUUAAUUGUAGCCCUUCAUUUUAGUAGUUAUAUACUGUUGUAGGAAUCUAAUUACACAUCUAAUUGGCAAUAUGUCUUCAUAGAACAACUUAUUUAUUAGCAAUAUGCGUGAUAAUAAAAUUUGCAUCAAAUAUAAUUUGCUACCAAAAUAUUUUUGGGUCAUUUUUUGUUUGAAGGACUCAAAUUCUAAAGCACUAUUCCAAAUCCUUUUUACUCCAACAUAACUAAGACAGCAGACAAAACUACUUCAGGGCCUCUUUUUAACCUGAGUCUUUCCCACACCGCUUAAUAUGAUAUUUGUUGUGGAUGUUCAUGUAAAGAUAUGUAAUGUCUCCUCCCCUUGGAAAUUUUGUAUUUCAUGAAGUUUCAUUUUAAUGAUGUGAAGAGGGCAUUUUUUUUUAAUGAAAUUUAAUUGAGUUUAAAAUUACCUGUCUUGAGUGCAGUUGGUUGGCUUCCCCCCAUCCUUGAUGGAAACAUGCCAAAACAUUUUAAAGUUGUAUAAAGUUGAGCAGGCAGCUGAUUUCAUCCCAAUCAAUGAAGAGUAAAACGCAGUGAAUGUAUAAAAUUGGUGCACUUAAGUCUUAUGCAUAAAUGUGUUUUUAUAUUGCAUAUUCUAUACACAACUACAGUAAUUGCACUUUAAGUGCUAUUUCAUUAUGAAAAAGCUGGGGACAUUAGCUAAUGUAAUCAAGUGUUUUGUUUUUUACUUUUAGAUCCACUUUGCUGUAUUUAGACCAUAGACAUUCUUAUGGGAUGCUUUUACUUUCUGCAUUCUUAAGGCAACUUUGACUGUUUGGUAGCAAAGCAAUGGGGUUUUUUUCUGGUUAAGACUAAAGCAUUUAUCCUUAUUGUUUUUUUUCCCUCAUAACCCAAAUAGGUAAUUUGUUUAUUCUCUAGAAAACUGUAACAGAAAACGUUCACUUAUUUGUGUCAAAUGUGGAAAAAUAAAGAUAAUGUAAUGUG